AUGAUUGCCUUUGCGAAUGCUGAAACAAAGCAAAAGAACCGCACUUUAGACUGCCUAAAGAGGCUAAUGUCUAUCUAUGAGAACCUAAUUUUGAGCCAAUUCUUCCUCAGCCUUAGCACGUCUGUUUUCGAUUAUUCAGGCUCAAUUCUGUCCUUCGUCAUCAUUGCUAUACCGAUUUUUGGUGGAACAUUUGAUCACCUGAGCAAAGCCGAACUGAGUCAUACAAUUAGCUCAAAUACCUUCAUUUGCCUAUACCUGAUCAACUGCUUCAGCAAGGUACUCGAUAUAUCAUCCAACUUUGGCCAAGUUAAUGGAUUCGGCUACAGAAUCACCGAGUUGUUGGAUUCUUUUAAGGAGAAUAAUCGACAAAAGUUUGACUAUUCAAACACUUUAAGUAGCGAAUCGCCAGAGCUUCUAAUGCAGUUUUCUGAUGUACAUGUUAUAAUGCCAUCGAGCACAGACCAACAGCUGUGUGCCAUAAAAAAGUUGAGUUUUGAAGUAAAAGCAGGAGAAAACGUGCUCAUAACCGGUGACUCUGGCCAGGAGAAAACAGCUAUACUACGCAUCAUUAAAGGUUUCUGGCCAAUUUCCAGUGGCAGCAUUAAAUGUCGCCUAAACUUGAAUGAUAGUCGCCAGGUCAUGAUAGUGUGCUACAACUCAAAGCUACAAAACUUUUUUCAACAAGUACGUAUUUACAGCCAGCCCACUUGA